CGGAGCGGCGGGGAGCGGCGGGCGGAGCGGGCAGCGCGGAGCCUCCGCCGGCGCGGGGCAGCGCGGAGCGGCUGGGCACGGCUCGGCUCGGCUCGGCUCGGCACGGCUCGGCUCGGCACGGCCCGGCCCGCCUGCAUGCGGCGGCGGCGGCGGCGGGGCGGCCGGGCGGGAUGAACGGCUCGGCGGCGGGCGGCGGCACGGCGGCGGCGGGGCUGCUGGCGGGCGCCGGGAGCGCGGCGCUGGAGCUGGAGCGGGCGCUGCGCUGCUGCACCGCCGCCUCCGUGGUGACCGACGGCGGCGGGGCGGCGGCGGCGGCGGACGAGCGGAGCCUGUACAUCAUGCGGGUGGUGCAGAUCGCCGUCAUGUGCGUCCUCGCCCUCACCGUCGUGUUCGGCAUCUUCUUCCUCGGCUGCAACCUCCUCAUCAAGUCCGAGGGGAUGAUUAACUUUCUGGUCAAGGACCGGCGGCCGUCCAAGGAGGUGGAGGCGGUGGUGGUGGGGCCCUACUGACCGCCGACGGCCCCGCGCCCGCCCGCCCCGCUCCGCCGCCCGCCCCGACGGCCCGGCACCGGGGGAAGCCGCCCUGGGCCGUCCGCUCCCGGCGCUGACUGCACGACGGCCUUUCCUCCUUUAGACAGACUGUUCGUUCGGUUUGGUUUCUUUCUCCUUAAAAACAACAGCAAACGAACCCCGCCGUCCCGGAGGCCGGUGAGACGUGCGGGGACGCCCGGUGUGUGCGGCCCCCGGAGCCGCCCGGCCCGGCCCGACCCGACCCGCGGGGUGCCGAAGUAAAACGUGCUCUGAUGGCAA